AUGAUCCGAAUCGUGCGCGAGCAGACGAAGGCGCCGUCCAUGACGGUGGACAACAACAUUGGCCAGUCGCACUUCAGGUUGAUGGAUUGCUACUUUUCGGCCUGCAUUCCAACUCAAACGAAGACACCGAGCCCUGAUUGGAUCAACAAAUUGCAGUGGUCCGGCCUGCUCGAGUGGAAGCGUUCACGCGUUGACAUGGUGGGUGACAGCCUAGGAGAAGCUCUGGGAGUUGGUGAAGGCCGCCAGGUGAUGGGUUUGUCUCCGCAGAAUGUGUCAGUUUGCGAGCAGGUCGGAGGCAAGCUGGACAGCAGCAUGUUUUGGUACGACUUCAUCUACGAGCUUGAGGGUGAAAGAGAAGGCCAAUGGACGCCCUGGUUGACCUUCGCGCCCAAGUAUACGGUGCCUCCACGCCCUGAGUAUCAGAAUAUCGUUGUGCCAACCGUGGACUCCAUCCGUUUGACGCACACCUUCUCCACUCUCCUGUUGAAGGACAAGCACGUCAUUGUGGCUGGCCAGACAGGGACUGGAAAGUCUUUGUACUUGUCGUUGUGGUUGCAGAAGGAUGCUCCAGAAUCCAUCAUCCCAAUCUUUAUCAAUUUCUCUGCCCAGACGCAUGUGAACCGGCUGCAGGAUUUGUUGGAUUCGAAGUUCGAGAAGAGACGUCGUGGUGUGUAUGGCCCACCUGCUGGCAAGAAAAAUGUAAUCUUCAUCGAUGAUUUGAACAUGCCAAAGAAGGAGUACUAUGGUGCUCAACCACCGAUUGAGCUGAUCCGGCAAUAG